GAUUGCCCAGGUCGCAGCUCCAGUGAGGAAGACCCCUUGCUCCAGAAACUUCACACUCUCUGGGCAUGUAAGGACAUGGAAAAGCUCCGGAAAGAAAUGCGCCUGGGGUUUGCCAGCCUGCGUGACCCCUGGGCCUGGCUCCUGGAUGUGCUGGAUUGCUGUGCGGACCAGAGAGCGCCAGGUUUGCUGACCCACAUUGUCCGUGAGCUGCAGGGCUGGAUAAAGAACCGUGCCAGUGAUCAGCCGUGCGGCUUAAAGCUGGAGAAGCUGCAGGCCCGUCUCUUCCCCUUGCUCAACGGGUGCCACGUCAGCCUCCUGCAGCCCCUGAUCAGCAUCUAUCAGCUCCACACGGCCGACCGCCACCAUUUGCUGGGCUUCGUCCUCCAGCUCUGCCAGCAGGGGAAGUUCAAAGAGGCGGCUACUUUGAGUAUGAAACUGAAGCUGCAACCAGACCUGGAAUUUGAGCAGAUGUGCGUCCCGUUGUUGCUUCAGGACAAAACGGAACUCGUGGAAGCUUACGUGGAAGGCUACCCUGAGCUGCAGCAGAGCCUCCUGCGGCUCCUGGACUCGUGGUCCGUCCCAGGCUUCCAGGUCAAAGACCUGGCAAGGCAGUAUCAGGCCCUUCCUGGCAAGUGGCCAGAAAAGAUCAACUACAGGACGAUGCAUAAAAUGGCCUUCCGGGUGCUGGACAGAUACAGCCUGGACCCAGCGCUUUGUCCUCAUAUUCUCAACCAGCGACACCUGGGCAGUUUGAAAUACCUGCUCCACAAGAGGUUUGUUGAGAAAUCCAUGACGCAGGAAAACUGGGCAGAUCACAUCCAGGGCAUCGUCCAGGAGAACCGGUGGCUGCAGGAACAGCUGGUGCAACUCCUGGUCCGUUACGCUGGCCUGGGGGUGGCUGCCCAGUGGGCCCGGCACUACAGCCUCAGCGGGGACAGCUUGCCGCCUCGCCUGGCAGCCCAGAUAGGAAAGCCGGCCAUCCCGGAGAGUUCAGAGCAGGGUGUUUGGGACCACAGCACAAAGGAGGGCUGCUACCAGCUGCCCCUGCCAAGGACAGACAUCCUUUUCUUAUCCACCUGGGAAGAGGUGAUGGCGUGCCAGGAACAGGUGCUGCAGCCUGGGCAGGUUGUUGGCAUUGACAUGGAGUGGCGGCCCUCGUUCAGCGCCAUCGGAGGGAAGCCGCGGGUGUCGCUUGUUCAGCUGGCCGUUUGGGGCCACGUCUUCCUCCUGGACAUGCUGCAGCUGCUCCGGCAGGGGGAAGAGGAGGCGCAGGCCGCCCUCUGCGGCUUCUUCCGGGCCCUCCUGGCCGACCCAGCCAUCGUGAAAGUGGGCUACGGGAUGUCGGGAGACCUGCGGAACCUCAUGGCAACCUGUGGCAUUUCCAGAGAUGGGGACUUCCAGCUCUCUGGAAUCCUGGACCUCCAGCUGGUGCACCAAAAGUUGCCCAAACCCUCCAAGAAGAGCUGCCAGCCCGCACUGGAGCCCUCGCCGACGAAGAAGAAGGCCUGUGGGGGGAGCAGGGUCCCCGAGAAGGGGCUCAGCCUGCUGGUGCAGGAGGUCCUGGGCAGACCCCUCAACAAGACCGAGCAGAUGUCCAACUGGGAGAAGAGGCCCCUUCGGGAGACGCAAAUCCUUUACGCAGCCUGUGACGCCUACUGCUUGCUGGAGGUUCAUGCGAAGCUGUUGAAGGACCCAGCGGCCUUCGGCCUCAGCUCCGAUUGGGUGGGGAUCACGAGGAAAGCCAGCCACCCCGAGGCCAAAGCGAGGAAGCCGCCGAAGAGGAAGCCGGAAGGGCCCCCCGUGGACAAGGAGAGCCCAGCACCCGUCCCGGCAGAGGCGCCCAGUGCUUCGGUUGGCAUCCUGGCGCAAGACUUCCGCGUGGUCUGCGACAACAUGCUGCAGGGCCUGGGACGGUCCCUGCGCUGCCUCGGGGUGGACGUCCAGAUCCUGGGGAACGAGGACGAGCACCGGAGGGCUGCCGAGAUUGCCAGGCAAGAGAAUCGAGUGAUUUUGACCUCCGGCCUUCCUUUUCAGUCGCUGCGUUCCCAAGUGGGCGAAGGCCGGUGUUUCUCAGUGAGCUGCUCAGAGAAGGCCCGGGACCAGGCCUUGCAGGUCCUGAGGCACUUCAACGUCCGAGUGUCCUUGGCCGACAUUUUCAGCCGCUGCCAGGCCUGCAACUGCAACCGCUACGUGAGGGUCUCCAAGGAGAACAUGGCGCUGCUGAGGGAACAGGGCGGCUGCUGGACAGGGGAGGACGCAGAGGCCUUUUUGGGAGACCCCGGCCCCACCACCAGCCUGGAGCCUCAAAGUUGCAGCCUCGGCCUUCCUCCACCUGCCCGCAGCCCACCCUGGCAGGGCCCAGAAGCAGCAGGCCCAGGGGACGAACCCGCCCUGCUGCCCACUGGUGUCCGCCUGAGAGUCGAGGCCGUGCCACCCGGGGUGCUGUGCCAGGAGGACCUGGCCUGCUUCUACUGCUGCAGCCAGUGCGGCCAGGUCUUCUGGGAGGGCUCCCACUUGGGCCGCCUGGUCUCCCAGUUCAGGGAGGUGCUGGAGCUGCCGGAGGAGAGCUGAAGCGGGUGGGGCUCUGCGCAGGGAAGCUGUGACCUGUCAAAACCGCGCUCGACUAAGCCGCGCCCGAUUAAACCGCGUCG